GUGACCCUCGCGUGCAGCAACCAUCAUGUCCUCGCUGUGUCUGAGAGCGGCGAGGUGAUGGCAUGGGGAGACAACGCUCUCGGUCGCCUCGGUCUUGCUGCUGCUGCUGCUGCUGCUCGCUCGCCCUCAAAGGUCUUCCUGCCUGUGCCUGUGGCGGGGCUGCGAGGGAUCGUCGUGUCCAAGGUCGCGUGCUCGGACCAACACUCGUUGGCCCUCACCGAUGACGGCGAAGUCUUGGCGUGGGGCUGCGCAGCCUACGGCGUACUGGGGAUUGCAGACGUCUCGAAGCUCGCGGUCGAUGCUGAGCUCAACCUCCCCUUCUCUCCGACGCCGCGCAAGGUCGAGGGGCUUCACGGCCCUCUCCUCCGCCACCGCGUGACCGACAUCAGCUGUGGGAGGCACUUCAACGUGGCAGCGAGCGAGGGAGGACGGGUCUUCUCGUGGGGCUCCGCAUCCUUGGGCUGCCUGGGCGUGGGAGAAACUAGCGCGCUGCCUUCCUCCAACAUGAAUCGCUCGAGAAGCAGGUGGAGCGCUACUCCCCUCCUGCUGGAGGGCCUCAAAGGUCAGAAGAUCUGCCGGAUCUCCUGCGGCGUCAGCCACACGCUGGCGCUGAGCGAGGGAGGAGAAGUCUGGGCAUGGGGGAGUGCCGAGUACGGGAAGCUCGGGGUAGGUGACGUCAGCUCUCUCCCAGCUGACGCUGAGGGUCACGUGUUCUCUCCCAUCCCCCUGCACGUCUCUGCGGGCAGCAGUCACAGCAUGGCGGUGACUCGACAGGGCAUCGUCUACGCGUGGGGAAGCGCCGAACAUGGUAAGCUGGGGCAAGGUGAGAACAAGCAGCAGCAGCAGCAGCAUUUUGACCGUUUGUGCAGAGGUCGAUUGGUGGAUCAAGUCGCUUGUGGUGAAUUUCAUUCCAUGGCCGCGACCUCGGACGGA